AUGAGAAGCAUUCACGCCAUCGCACCUCAUCAUUCCGCCUAUUCCCGAACCGCCCACGCUCAAAGCAACUCUAACGUAGCGCAGCGGCGAACCCUUCUAGUGAUGGGAAGAGCUAGAUUCGACGACUCCGAAGCGCAGAGAAUGGGGAAUGCUUCCCCCGCGGAGUCCGCCCCUGAGCCAUGCGCUUCUUCCGCCGACGCCAGCGCGCCGCUCGACGGGGCUGGGCCCCUCGCGGCGAUGACGGAAGCGGCGGAAGACUUGGCUGACCUACUAAUUCAGGGGGCACGGUACGGGGACAUGGAGGACGUGGCAGCAGCGCUGGACGGCGGUGCGGAUGCUGGCUUGGCAGAUGCUGAGGGGCGCACAGCGCUGCACAUGGCAGCAGCCAACGGCCACACGGAGAUCGCCCGCCUGCUCAUCCAGCGAGGCGCUCCGGUGAAUGCAGUGAACAGGCAGGGCAACACGCCACUGCACUGGGCGGCUGUCAAUGGCAGGGACUUGAUGGUGCAUCUGCUCAUUGCUGCAGGAGCCAGCCCCUCCGCCCUCAACAGCCACGAGCGCACGCCAGUGGACGAGGCGAUUCACAGCAACAACCAGCUCACCUUAGACGCCAUUAACACUGCCGUUGCCACGCGAGAUGCUGCGAGCUUGACUGUAGGGGGCAGUCACGGCGACGACACAGGGGGUGAUGGCGAUGGGGGAGAUGAAGCCACGGAUAUCAUGGAGUGA